AUGGCGUCAACACGGCGUUUUGUCCCUCUUCUCGGCCUCGGCUUCUUUCUGUUCUGUCUUUACGGUCUCUAUAGUCUCUCCAAAUCAUGGGCACAAGUUUCACAAGUCGUCGGGCUAGGCGAUAUGGUACCUACGCACACACCAAAGCCAACACCGUCCGGGCAUUGGAACACCACCGGAAUUCAUAAGGAACCUUACGCUCCGCGCCCGAAAUUCGUCCCAGGAGUUGCCAAACCGGAAGGAUACGAAUAUACGAAAGUCCUAGUCGUGCCGCGAACAAAUUAUGAGGAUACUACGUGGAUGGAGUUUGAGAUUCCGGGAUGGGAGACUGCUGUAUAUAUCGUCGACGACCCUUCCGCGCCGUUACACCCUCCAAAGAACAAAGGGCACGAGGUUAUGAUUUACUUGAGCUACAUUAUCGAGCACUACGAUGAACUACCGGACAUAAUCGCAUUCAUGCACUCCCAUCAGUUUGCCUGGCACAAUGAUGAUCUUCUCGACGGUAAUGCGGCGGAGAUACUGCAACGCCUGCGGCCGGAACGAGUGGUUAGGGAAGGAUACAUGAAUCUGCGUUGCGGCUGGGGGCCAGGAUGCCCCGAUUGGCUCCAUCCCGGUACCCUCGAGGAAGACGAGUCAAAGCAGGAGGAAAUCAUGCUCGCCAGAUCAUGGGGGGAGAUCUUCCCGGAUGACCCGAUUCCCGAUGUGCUAGCACAGCCAUGCUGCGCUCAGUUUGCCGUCUCGCGCGAGCGAGUCCACGCUAUUCCCCAAGCGCGUUUUAUUUUCUACCGAGACUGGGUUCUUCGCACGCAACUUAGCGACUACAUAUCUGGUCGAAUCUGGGAGUACCUAUGGCACGUGGUCUUCACCGGCCAGAACGUGGUUUGUCCAAAGGAGCACGUGUGUUUUUGCGACGGAUAUGGAAUUUGUUUCGGGGGUGAGGACGAAUACAAUGCGUUCCGCAACCUGGACUCGGAACGUGAAAACCUCGAGGAUGAACUCAAACGGUGGCGCAGCCGGGCGAGUGUGAUAGAAGCUGCCCGGCAACGCGGCACUCUUGGAGAGAAGAGCCACCUCACAAUUCCCGAACCUGGGAGAGAUAACGAGCUUGAAGAUCAGAUCGCGCGCAAGCUGCAGCUAAAGGAGGAUUUAUUGGUCAAUGCUACCAUGCGCGGACAAGACCCAGCGGCCCGAGCCCUGGAAGUUGGAUUUAGCUGA